AUGUCCUACUUUGGUAAAAUCAGCAUUGGCACUCCUCCACAGAGCUUCUAUGUCCACUUUGACACAGGGUCAUCUACUCUCUGGGUGAACUCUGUCUACUGCAAGAGCAACGCCUGCACAUACCAUCCUCUAUUCAACCCUGAAAAGUCCUCAACAUAUUACAGUAAUGGACAGCUGUUUUCAAUCCAUUAUGGAACGGGGAGCCUCACUGGAGUCAUUGGCUACGAUACAGUCAGUCUUGGAAACCUGACUGUCACCAACCAAAAAAUCGGCUUAAGUAUUACAGAGCCUGGUAACCACUUUGCCCGUCCUCUGCAUGAUGGAAUUAUGGGUCUUGCCUUAAUGCCAAACAGAGGAACCAUCAUUGACACUAUGAUUGAAGAGGGUCUGCUGGAUGAGCCAGUCUUUGCUUUCUACCUGAGCCGAAACUCAGAACGCGGCAGUGAAGUGGUUUUCGGGGGAACGGACCCUUCGCACUACACUGGGGAAAUCCACUGGGUUCCUGUGCAAGAGAGCAGUCAUUGGCAGCUGGUGUUCGAAGGGUUUGAGGUUGACCAUCAGCCCACAGGAUGGUGUGUUAACGGCUGCUCAGCCAUCGUGGACACAGGAACCUCUCUGCUCACCUGCCCUCCGCAGUAUGUGGAUACACUGCAGCAGAUGCUGGGGGCUGAAACGGAUGACAGUGGCAAUUACGUCUUUGAUUGUAACAGUCUGAGCAGUCUACCUACAUUGACCUUUGUCAUGAAUGGAGCCCACCUCCAUCUGGAACCUUCUUCCUAUGUGCUGACGGAACAGAAUUCCAAUGGCAAUUGCUUGAGUGGGAUUGAGGCAUCCCAUUCAUCCGAUCGAGAUGGAAUGCCCUUCUGGAUUCUUGGAGAUGUCUUCCUCAGACAGUUCUAUUCUGUGUUUGACCAAGGAAAUGCCAGGGUGGGCUUUGCUACGCUGGCUUAG